CGGCUUUGACGCUGGAUCUGGUGUUGACGAUGGUGUCUUCGGCGGCGAUGGGUCAUGCAGGGGGUCUUACGCUCCCUUGCACCAGCUUCCAGGUGCUUCAGAUGCCCAAGAUCACUCACACGAGCCACAAGCAGCUGCUGGGAUCAAGGAAGAGACCAUCUCGUAAGCACAGCUUGAGGAUGAUGGAGGGAAGCGCAGAGGAUGCCCACAUGAGGAGUGGAGUGCGCCCGUGUGUCCGUGUGUUGGUGCAGGUGCGGCUCUCGCGAUGGCCGGGACGGACAGGGCGAUUGGCCUCUUGCAUGGCCACCCGGUGUACUUCGACAGUGCGGACGGCUAUCAGGUUGAUGUGGACGGCAGGCGCCGGCCGGUUCCGAGCUGGCUGCACAUCCGCAGAGUCGGCGACGUGCAGGUCGAAGGGGCUGCUGGUCUGCCGCAAAUCAGGUACUAGAGGCAUUGACCCUUUCCAGGGAUGCUUCACCCGCUGUGCAUCUGUUGUCUGUCUGUGGUCAUUCUGGCUGCAUGCGUCAGUGCGAGCACCCAGGUGGUUUAUCCAGCGAGCGAUGAAGCUGUGGGUCUCUUCCAGGGCCGCCCCGCCCACGUCGAUGAGAAGGGAGGCUUCCUUGUCAGUGUCGAUGGCGAGUGGCGGCCCGUUAGGAAAGACGACUGGCCAGACGUCAUCAGAUUCACCGAUGUGGACGUCACCACGCUCGAAGAACGGUGCGCACGCAGAGAUGAGGCAACAACACGCUUUUUCUGCCGUUUCACUGCCUUAGUCGCUACUUGUGUUGGUCGCAUCAGGCUGGACUGUACGAUUGGGAGACUCCAAGACGACAGAACAUUCAUUCGGCUUGGGCGGUUCCUCUAUCAGGUGGUGAGACGCGGCACAGGUGUCUGCCCGGCCACGGGCGACACUGUAAGGUACAGAAGGACGCUUUUUGACUACGGAUUUCCACCCGACAGAGGCAGCAAGAAGCUGAGAGAUUAUGAAGCGACCCUCGAGUAUGGCAAAGCGUCCCUGUACGGCUUCGAGCAUGAUAUGCUGUGGUCCUUCGAGCACGAUAUGCUGUGGUCGAUGAGGGUUGGCGAAGUCCGGCGCGUCAUCAGACCAAUGAGUGGCUCGAACAAGACUUAUUGGGAGCUGGAGCUGAUCGAAAUAAUAGAGCAGAAGUGAGCGAGGCAUUGUGCUGUGCUGGGCUGGGCUGGGCUGUGCUGGGGGCUGGGCUUGGCUUACUACAGCUCGAGCUGCUCAAGAUAGAGUAACUGCACUGACUCACUCAACCACUCACUCAGUCGACCAUCCAACCACAUGCAUAUCACCACUACCACUAACACCAACUGAGCUGCUCUUCCCUCACAUGCCCAUAUGUCUGCCUAUGUGCCUGCCUGCCUGUCUGGCUGAUGUGACCCCAAUUGCACGGAUGCGUGUGUGACUGACUGACGAGAGGAGUGCUUUUUGAUGGCAUUUUAGCCCUGGUACUGGUCUGAUUGGCUGUGUGUCAGACAGUGAGUUUUCGCCUGUCAGCAUGAGACGAAUUCGUGACGUGACUUUGCUGCUGCAUAUGGGGGGCAGAGAGAAGGGCAAGAGAGAGACCGCUUGCUUCUUUGACGAGAGGAGGGAGGGAGGGACAACCCAAUCGACUGUGUGGGAUUCCCUUCACCGUCUGUGUGUACUGGUGCAUCUGUUACUUUGGUGUGUGUCAGUUUCCAUCACAAAACAGAUCGACUCGACCAACUGCAAUCCACAAGUGAUGAAG